AUGGCUGCUGCCAUCAACGGGUUCAAGGUCACAGAGCUCAGCCCAGGCUUUGGAGCAGAGAUUUCUGAUUUCAAUGCCGCCGAAGAUAUGACGGAAGAGAAUUUCGGUUGUCUACAGGAAGUAGUAACCACGUCUCACAUCAAACUAGCUCGCAUACUUCAACACGACGAGCUCUUUGAUGUCAGCAACAUCGAAGCAGAUGGAUCGAUUGUCCACCCGGAUAGUCCUCGGGGACAGGCAAAUAAGGGAAACAGCCUAUUUCACGUUGACUCGAGCUUCAACCCUCGUCGAGCUGGGUACUCACUUUUGCUUGCCCACGAACUACCGCCAGCGGGCACAGGCGGUAAGACGGCAUUUGCAGACACCCGAACAGCAUUCGAUGACUUGGACAGCGAAACAAAGGAGGACCUUUUGGUAAACGAUUAUGUCGCAGCGCAUUCUAUUCUGCACUCUCGAAAGUUGGCAGCCCCUGAAUACUUUGCCGAUGUCGAUCCUUCCAAGUUUCCCAUGGGUCGACACAAGAUCGUCCAACGCCAUGAGAGGUCAGGUCGAAUGAAUCUCUACAUUGCGGCACACAUACACCACAUUGAAAAUGUAAGCGAAGAGAAGUCAAGAAUUCUCCUUGAGAAGAUCUUCAACCAUGCAACCCAGCCGAGAUAUGUGAUCGAGGUUGAGUGGAAGCAGCCUGGAGACUUGGUGAUCUGGGACAACACUUGUACAAUGCACCGCGUCAUUUCUGGGCCAUACAGUGCAAAGUACAGGCGUGACAUGCGGCGCGCGACUGUCCAUGAUUCCAGCAGUACUGCAUGGGGGCUGAAUGAGCAUUCAACUGUACGACAGGGCUUGCCAUAG